AUGCUUACAAAUAUAUACUCCAAAGCGUGCGAGGAUCUCGCACGCGAGCGUGACAGGACCAUAUCUGUCCUGGAAGAAUGCGCGGUCCUGAAGGCCCAACUGGAGUCCUUGGAGAGUCGCAAGACCCACUGGGCAGACCUGGUUGAUACGCCUACAGCGUCUUCCAGACCAGAAAUCGAUCUGACGCUAGAAUCGACUUACCCUGGCAACACCCAGCCAGCCAGACCAGUGACACUUCCAGUGCCUACUAGACGCACCCGCACCCUCGAGGGGCGAGCAGUUGAAACGGGCCCGAGGAGACCCCCACCACCUCCACAAAGCUCUAUCACAAGAAGGAGAUCCCCAGCAAUAGGCGCUGGUAAAGCCACUGCCGCAGCUGGGGCUUGGCGGGUGGUCCAAGGCAGGAAACAACAAGGGAUUGCAAAAGCCAAGGCCAAGGCACAACCUCGCCAGGCCGCACCGACUGCGAAG